ACUACUUACGUCAGCUCGUUACCAUGAAUCGUCCCUAUGGUAUUAUCUUACCCGUGGCCAUACUAUUGUUACUCGAUGUCGCAGUUGCCUAUGCAGUCAAAGCCCCGAGGGAUGAUUACUGGAUCGAGAGAUCACUGAUACUUAAGACCGAGCAGAAUAUUAUGAUUGGCGGGGAUGUGAAGCUGAAUUAUAAAGAGCAACUUGUUAACCAGACUAUUAUGAACAUGAAGAUGAAGGAAGUUGAUGAUGGCUUUGCAAACCCAAGAAAUUUCCUGCCAGCCCAAAACUUUCUCACGGCAGCCAGACAAAUCGAGAAGUCAGAGGUUUUCAAAAUCUUGAAAAAGUUGCCGAAGGGAGCUGUGCUUCACUCCCACGACACAGCAAUUGUCUCAUGGAAAUACGUCUAUUGGAAUAUCACCUUCCGACCGAAUCUUUACGUGUGCGACGUGAGCGGUGUACUGCAUUUACGGUUUUUCGACAAGCCCGACAUGAGUGAGUGCGAAUGGAUGCUGCUGCAGAACACAAGGCAAGGCAACAGAUCAGGAAUGUUCGAGGAGAGAAUCAUAAGACAGCUGACCAUGGCAACCGCUGAUCCCGUCAAGUCGUAUCCAGACGUGGACACCGCAUGGGCCAAGUUCACGUCAAUUUUCAUGUUCAUCACUCCCAUGCUGACUUACAGGCCGGUUUACGAGGACCACUUCUACCAAGGACUCCUGGAACUUUAUCGCGACAACGUUCAAUACUUGGAGCUGCGCUCAACUUUGCCGACUUUGUACGAUCUCGACGGCAAGAAAUACGGGCCUGUGGAGGUAGCGAAGAUUUAUAAAAACGUCACGGACAGGUUCGUCCGAGAUCAUCCGGACUUCAUCGGGAUGAAGCUCAUUUACGCCCCGUUACGCAAAUGCAGCGACAUGGAAAUGGAAGCUUACUUGGCCACGGCGCGACAGCUCAAAGACGAGCUGCCGGAAUUCAUCGCGGGCUUCGAUCUCGUCGGUCAGGAGGAUAAGGGCUACCCGCUCGAGAAGUUUGCCAACAGGCUGCGAGAGCUCGGCGACGACGUGCAGCUGUUCUUCCACGCGGGUGAAACCAAUUGGUACGGCACGAGCACCGAUCAGAAUCUCGUUGACGCCGUUUUACUGAACAGCAAGAGGAUCGGACACGGCUACGCUCUUCUGAAGCACCCAAAAGUGAUGGAACUGGUUCGCAAGAAAAACAUUGCCAUAGAAGUGGCACCGAUUUCAAAUCAAGUGCUCAACCUCGUCAAGGACUUGCGCAAUCACCCGGCGAGUAUGCUCUUCUCCGAGAACUACCCAGUGGUCAUAUCCAACGAUGAUCCCGGGCUCUGGGGUGCUCGAGGACUUAGCUACGACUUCUACGAAGCGUUCGUUGGUAUAAUGUCGAGGGACGCUGAUCUGAGGGCGCUGAAGAAGUUGGCAUCGAACUCGAUCGCGUACUCGAGUCUGAAUACGGAGGAGACGAAGCGAGCCACGAAGCUUUGGAAUCGACGCUGGGAAGUAUUCAUCGAACGUUUCAGCAAUGCGCGAUGAAGUGCCGUGCACGGCUAUUUAUGUUUUAUCUAUGAACGAUUUCUGAGACUCUCUGUCAUUUAUUCUAUUGACUUUGUACGCGUUCGUUUUGACAAUAAUAUGCGAUUCAAGUGUAA